AUGGCGAGAGCUCAGAAUUUGCUCACUUGGGCUCUAUUCCUUCAGCUUGGCCUGGGGGUACUAGCACAAGGCACCUCCUUCUCUCUCUAUGCUGCGUUUGAGACUUCUUACCUCGCAGACGCACUAGGAAUAUCCACACAGUGCAUGCAAGCCCUGAACACCACCCUUAAUUGCGACAAGAAAACGGCGAUAAACGCUGCCUCCGGGCCCGAUAGCUUUUCUUGGAACCAGCAAAACUUGACGGACUUGUGCACAUCAGCAUGUCACAAUUCAUUGACGGCUUGGAUGUCGGCAGUCGACACGCAAUGCGAUGGACAAACCAUGAUUACCACCGGAGGUCUGAUGACGCUGGCUAAAAUGACACCCACUCUAUGGAAUGAUGGAUACGAUCUCGUUUGUUUGCAAUCCAGUUCUUCUGAUUGGUGCUAUCUCGAGUCUCAAAAAUGGCAAGGUGCAGACUACAUUAGGUAUGAAGGGAAUGCAUGUGAGAACGCAGAUGCCGCUGAUAAUCCAGCCCAUUGCUUGGAUCCAACAUGGAGUACUCGAAACUUCACGUCGGAGAUGAAGAUGAUUACCAACAUGUAUGACCAGUCCACUGUUUGUAGCGAGUGCUUUGUCAAAAUGUGGAGGCAGCGCCUGAUGUCCCCGAAUCUUCCGAGUGGGGAAUUUGGCCAAUACCUCUUAUCCCAGUACGACAACAUUCAGCAGAAUUGCUCGGUCUCUCUUCCAGUCACAACAUAUAGCACAAGACUCCUUGCAACCGCAACAAAGACUAUCACUGGGACUGGGGUUGGUGCUGCGGCCACAGCUACUGCAGCUACUUCUUCUUCGUGCUUGGGCCAAUUAGUGCAGCCAAGGAAGCUCUUCUACUGCCCCGAUCUUACGGACACUUAUAACGUGAGCACUGGCACUGCAUACCAUAUCACGGGCGACAAUAGCGGUUGUCAGUUCACGGAACCAAUCUGUUUGCCCCUACCAUGCGAGCUGGAUACGGUCUACCUCAAUCCGACAUGUGCGGAUCUCGCUGCACGCUACUCUACAGACAACAAUGAAGUGACCGUCACUCAGUUCUUGAGCUGGAAUCCGUUUAUUCAGGGCUCAUGUGGAUCUCUGUACACUGGCCAGAGGGUGUGUAAAAGUCCGCCAGGAGGUAGAUUCAACGCCACCGCGAUUAUUUACGCUCCCACCACCGCCGGAUCAUACUAUACAACUGCGUCCCCUGCGGAGCCUACUCAACCCGGAGCAACCGCCGACUGCGGUCUUUAUUACCAAGUGGCCUCAGGCGAUACGUGCAAUUCAAUUGCUCUGCGAUUUGGCCUCACCUUUGCCGAGCUUCAGCAACUGAAUGUCGAUAUCACGGACACGUGCAGCAACCUCUGGCUAGGCUACGACAUCUGUGUCGCUCCGGUCACCAAAGCGCCUCUAUCAACCGACGGUCGCUGUGGCCCUUCAUUCAAUCAGACUACCUGCCUAGGGACUGCUUUUGGAGACUGUUGCAACUCCAACGGUUGGUGCGGUAGUACAUUCGAAUACUGCGGCGCCGAUACCUGUAUCUCGGGUGAUUGCGACGAAGCCAGCGGCGCCACAAUCGACGGCACCUGUGGUCCGGAUCACAGUUACAUGACCUGCACGAAUCCCAACUUUGGCUCGUGUUGUUCCAUCUACGGCUACUGCGGCAGCGGCAGUGAUUUCUGCGGCGCGGGCAACUGCUAUUCAGGGAGCUGUGAGGCAGAUGUCGGCGGACCCAGCAUCAACGGCGAGUGUGGGCCCAAUUUUGCAGGCAACAAAACCUGCACCGGCACGCAGUUUGGAUCCUGCUGCUCUGUGGCAGGAUACUGUGGCAGUAGCGAGGAGUAUUGCGGUGCUGGAAAUUGUUACUCGGGAGCUUGUCUAUAG